AUGCCUGAGUAUCUUGCACAAACAAAUACAGAUAUUCCAAAGCUCAAAGAUGAAGACCUAUAUAAUUUAGUCGCCGCUGCAAAAGUAUCAUUAUCUCAAGAGCCAACUUUACUUAGAUUAACUGGUGAUUUCGUUAUUGUGGGUGAUCUUCAUGGUAAUUUACGUGAUUUGUUAAGGAUCAUAGCAACAAAUGGAAUUCCACCAUCAAGGAAAUACAUUUUUCUUGGGGAUUAUGUCGAUAGAGGUGAUUUUUCAGUUGAAGUACUUACUCUUCUGUUUUCUUUCAAACUUAUCUAUCCAGAAUGCAUAUACAUGAUCAGAGGAAAUCAUGAAUUUGAACAAACUAAUUCAGUGUAUGGAUUUAAGAACCAAGUAUUAGAAGUGUAUGAUGAAGCUAUGUAUAACCAUUUCAAUGAAUGCUUUGCAUAUCUACCUCUUGCAGGAAUUUUGAAUGAUACAUUUUUCUUAGUCCGUGGUGGCAUUAGUCCAUUGCUUAACUAUGUGAAAGAGAUAGAAGUCAUUCCUAGACCAAUAUAUUCAUGCUUUGAGCAAUAUUCGAAGAGCUUUGUUCCAGAUCUUCUCUGGAGUGAUCCUGGAGAAGCCGAGAUUACUUUUUUAAAGAACUACAGAGGAUUUGGAUAUCUGUUUGGUGCCUUAGCCGCUCACACUUUCUUGAAACAAAAUAAUUUGAAACAUAUUAUUCGUUCUCAUCAAUGUGUGAACGCCAUUCAGAACAGUUUCAACGGAUGCGUGAUGACAGUAUUCUCAUCCAGCUGUUAUUCUCAUUCUACUCGAAAUACAAUGGGUGUCAUUGAAAUCUUCGGAACUUCAAUGAAGCCAAUCAAGUAUGAUGCUCUAGAACAGAUAAAGAAAGACUUUGUAACAUACAGAUUCGUAGAUCUUACAGAAAGAAUGCCAUAUACCUUUAAUAAGCACUUUACAUCACCUUUGAAGCCACAGUGCCGGCCAAGAAGAGCGACGGUUGGUGAACUGAUCAAAGCCAACAGAAGAUCAUCGACAGAUAUAACACAAACUUCAGCAUUUCCAAGACUUAUUUUAACACAGACACAAAAGAGUAAAAGGAACUCUGUGAAUAUACCAUCUGGACAUAUGGUAAUACCACCUUUGCCUGGAUCACUUUUAGCUUAA